AUGGACGAUGGGGUCAUUCCCAACCUCGCCGACGUGGAGAAUUCGAGCGAUCAUGUUCUACAAAACGUCUUCUCAGCUUUCACUCACAUUCUUCUUGGCGACAUCGGUCCAAUAUCACCGGACAGAUCCCUUUCAAGGCGUACAAGCAUAACCUCUAGAUUCCGCCGACGGAUGCGCUGUUAUACAGGCAACUGGUCAGAGAUGGUGGGAGGCUCUAGCAAGCGGAAGACGGCGCUGGGCACUACUCGCACAAGACAGAGAAGGAGAUCACCCCACCACCAACUCCCCCCCAAAACCUCACACUUAACCACCCUCACCAUGUCCACCUCCCUCCUUCUCCUCCUCCUCCCCACCCUCACCCAAACCUCCCCAGUCCUCCAACAAGCAACCCAAACCUGCUCCGACGCGUCCCUCUCGUCCCUGAACUGGACAGCCAAAUCCUUCCACUACUCCUCUCUCCUCUCCCUCCUCGGCCCCUCCCUCACCUCCCCCUCCACCGCCGGCACCGCCUCCCUAACCUUCAACCUCUCCAACCCCGCCCUCGGCCCCUCCUUCGACCAGCUCUGCACCGCCGUCUCCACCACCCCCAAUCAAUUCUUCUACCUUGAUCAAUGGUUCACCUGCCUUUACACGCCCCCCACCAGCACCGCGUCCAACCUCUCCCCGCUCGUCGCCAACACCUCCGCGGCGACCUUUCGGUUCGACAAGCUGACCGGCCGGCUGGAAGUGAAGCAGGACUGGGAGUGCGUGGACGGGAAAGACAAGACUUAUCCUACCACGUCUUUCAAGGGGCAAGGGGGGGUGAAUGUCACUCUGGAUUGCCAGAUGGACGUGUGGGCGAAUCCGGAGUGGAGGGCGGGUGGGGAGGGGUUGAUUGGGAACCAGACGGUGGAUUGCGGGGUGGUGGAUGUGAGUGUUGGGCUGGAUAGUUUGGAGGCUAUGGCUUAACGACUACAAGAUUGAGAUCGGGGGCGUUUAGGUCUCUGGGAUGGUGUUUUUAGGCGUGUUGGUGGUUUACCUAGGUAGUUUAGGUAGGGGACAGGAGUUUGAAGGGUUUGAACUUUAUGACUUGCUCUGAAACCUGACUCUACUCUUGUGAGGGCUACUCUUGUAUCUUGGUCCUAAGCGUGAAAAUCACAUAUCCCA